UUCCACUCAAUCUGUCCCAUUAUGAAUGAAGGACAUCCAGACACCCUUGCUGAAAGCACAAAACAGAAUUUGGUGUUUAAGAGCUAAGUACCCACAUUAGAGAUUCUUCCUAGAAAGAAAUUAUGGUAACUUAAACUGUCCUCAUUAGACAACUUUUGUUUGGAGUAUAUCAUUAUCCUCUCUUAUAUACUAGGAAUAUUAUUGCUAAGGUAGUCUCUCCUUCUGCUCUUGUAUUUGGCCCUAUCAAUGGGAAUAUUCCUUACGAAUGCUCUGGUGUAUUCCAUAUUCCAUUUUGGUUCGCAUAAAUGCUUAUUUCAUUGUAUUUUAACCAGGUUAUUGACAAGUUUUACGAGAUCAGGAAAAAUUCUCUUCACGAAGAAGGAGAAAUCAAUUCAGAUGAUAAAUGUGCAUGCCUUCUGCAAGAUUCAGAAGAAACAUGGACAUUCAAUGAUUCUUCCACCUCAAAAUAUAUUACAGAGUGCAUUGGAAGAGGAGCUGGAGAAGGUGAGAAGAUCUGUUGAUAAUCUGCAAACCAAAUUGCGAGUGGGUUUAGAAAUCGAGAAUCAUUUAAAGAAGAAAGUGCAUGAAUUAGAAAAGAAGAAUAUACUAGCGGAAAAACUAAUUACAAAUGGGAUUGCAGAUUUACGUAAUUUCCAUUCAGCACAAAGUGCUCACAUCAUGAAUUUACUUGGUGAGGGGAGAUCAUUUAUCGAGUUAACUAUCGAUACCCUACAAGAAAUUUUUAGGCAUUGUGAUGUGAAAAGAAGAAAUAAUCUGGAGCAUGCUCGGCAUGAUGUGAAACAAGACGAAUAUGAAUGUGGAAAUGUGCACAUACAUAAAGAUGAAGAAGUCAAGGUACGAUUUGAGGGAGAUGGAUCUGUCGCUCCUACUGAUGUGCCUGACAAAAAGGGUGAUGCCUCCGAAGCCCUUGCGCAGGCGUUGCAAGAGAAGGUUGCAGCAUUAUUACUUUUAUCACAGCAGGAAGAAAGGCAUUUACUGGAAAGAAAUGUGAAUGCAGCUCUUCAGAAGAAAAUAGAAGAGCUCCAGAGGAACUUAUUACAAGUUACUAACGAAAAAGUGAAAGCUCUCGUGGAGUUGGCACGGCUGAAGCAGGAAUAUGAACUGCUCCAAGAGAAAACAAUUGAUGAGCUGAAACAAGGAAAAGCUGAUAUUAGCGAGAAAAGGUCUGUUGCUCAUGAAAGAGAUGGAAAGUUAAGAAACCUGCUCAAGAAAACUUAUUUGAACCGAUGGGUUGGUCCACUAUCAUUGACUGCAAAUGUUGUUGAUCCACACUUGAAUGAUGAAAGGAAUUUCUCUGGCAGGAGGUCUAGUAGCACGGAUUAUGCCAGAAUGAAGAUUGAAAAUGUAGCACUCAAGGAGACCAUGGAAAGUAUGGAGUAUUUGACGACUACAAUUCACAGACUUCGGCUUGAACUUUUAAGGGUGAAAGAGUCAGUCAGUUCUGGGGAUACACUUACUAGCAUGUCAGCAGCUCUUAGCGACAUCACUACCGAGGCAAAUCUUGUGAAGACAGCUCUUGGCAGCUCCCUACCAGUCAGAUGGUCAGCUGAUUCUGAUACUGGAUCAAUUAGUGAUAACAUGGGCAAGGUGCAAGGCAUUGGCAAUUCAACUAGUGAGAGGAUAGACUCGGUUUCUGCUGCAGGGCUUGAGAUGGUGGAACUUCUAAUACUUGCAGCUCAAUUACUGAAGAAUGGAAUGACCAAAAUAAGUACCCAAAGUGAAGAAUGACGCAGUUGGAUUCUGUUGGUUUUGUUUUGAGGAGAUCCUUCUGAUGUUUCGUUCUUUGUAUAAACCAAUACUAGUGAAGUCGAACUUUUAUCAUGGACUACCAGGUGGGUGAAAACGACGAGAAUUAUAUGCUGCACAAGGAAGAAAUAGUAGGAAAAGAUGGGCCCCAUGCUGUACCUUGUCAUCAUCCACACUCAGUCCAUCCAGCUGUUUAAAUUGUACCUUGAAAGAUUGAGUUCACUCUCGUCAAUGCAUUUGCGCGAAGGGGAGGGGGUUCAUAUUUAUGAGUUGCUUGUAUAUUGUACAGUGACAUUCCAUCGGAUUGCAACAAGCAAAGGUCGCUGAAUGCUGAAGAAUGUGGUUUCUUCUCUUCAUUCCUUUGUUUGCAGUGGCAGCUUUAUUUGUUAGUAGUUCACCAAAUGAUUUCUUAUAUUCUUCUUGUACACAAAGCCCAUCUAAUCUACAAGUACGAAUUCCUGAAUUA